GUACUGGAAACGGUUGCAUAUUCAAGUUAAAAUGAGCUAAUGAUUACGUGGUACGUUUUGAAAUUUUAGUUUAAAGUUCUAGUUCGUACGGAGCUGAUCGUUCAGCCAAUAACUUGCAAAGUGAUUUUUCCAUUGAGUGCGUGCAAAUAAUAUGACCACAGCGACAUCUUGCAUCAUGGACUGUUAAACUAAGUUUGACAUAAAACCACAUUUUGUGAAAAAAGGAGGAAAUUUUAUGUAAACAAUCGAACUAACCUCCUGCUAAAAAACCGUCUCUGCUACUACACCGUUGCGAUGAGGCAAAAUCUGUUACAUGACUCAAGUGAUCCGGAAUUUUUACCGAGUGACACCAACACAAAACCUUCGACAUCGAAAGUGUUAGCACCGUUUACAACAUCUAGACGACUCAUUCAAUGCUUGCACCCGGACUGUAAUUUAACAUUUAAACGUCGCGAUGCCUUCGACCGGCACGACUUCACACACACACAAUUGAAGAAAUAUGUGUGCGACGUUUGCAACGCCACAUACAUAACCCAGUCCCAUCUGCGACGGCAUACGAGGGGAGCACAUCAGAUCAACACAGAUGAUAAAAUCAAAUGCCAACAUGAAUCUUGUGCAAUGGAGUUUACCACUGCGGCUGGUAUGAAACGCCAUUACAAACAACGUCACAUGAAGGAAAGAUUGUACUGUUGCAAGCAGUGCGAUGAAAAGUUUUAUCGGAAGUUCCAGUUGAGGGUACAUAUGACGAAGCAUACGGGCGUUUUUCCGUACUACUGUCCGAAAUGCGGGAAAGGAUCCGUUAAUUUAAAGCAACACGAACAUCAUUUGGUCGGACACAAAUCGUACGAAUGUUCAAUAUGUGGAGAGACUGUGGGCAAGUGGUCCCAGUUGCAGGUUCAUCGGCGAGACAAGCAUAGCAAAAAGUACCAAUGUGACAUUUGCAAGAAACUCUUCAGUCAUAGGUCGAACAUGGACAGUCAUAUGAAAAUACACUCGGAGAACAAAAACGUUUUCCUGUGCACGGUCAGCGGCUGCGACAAGUUUUAUUUUCAUACGAAAAAUCUGCGCGCUCACGUCAGAGCUAAACACGAUCCAGACCGUACGUGGGAAUGCCAUCUGUGCCAUCGGAAUCUGUCAACGAAACAGAAACUGAUUUUCCAUGUCAAAUUGCAUUCGGUGCCUGGAGCAUUACGAACGCCAAAGCCAAAGAAAGAUCGAAGAAAGAACCGCAAACAACAAGCGGUUGAGAGACCGACCAAUUUGAGAAAUAAACGGAGCGUCGUUUCGAAGAAACUCAAAUCGACGGCUUCUUUACUAACUGGUUUAGUGGCUGACCGUCGCGUCGAGAAAAUGAUCAUCGAAGGCAAUGGAAAAUCGGUUGAAAUAAUCAACAGUGACCUGGAAAUUGCAUCUUCUGUGGAAGAAUAAAUUCAAAAAUUUAGAAAAACCAACCA